AUGGCGAGAGAAUUUACUGCAUCAAUAGUUAAAACCCCUUUCACAAAUGAGAUAGAACGGGUCGCAAGACCCAAGAAAUUCAUGAUGCCCAAGUUCAUCAAAUUCAAUGGGACUGGAGAUCCCCUCCAGCACCUCAACCACUAUACUCUGGAAAUGACACUAGAGGCUCACAAUGAUCUAUUCAUGUGCAAAAUAUUUCCAUCCAGCCUGACAGGGGUGGCCCUAGAGUGGUUUAAGAAUCACCCAUGCAAAUCGAUCCCAAACUUUGAAUCACUAUGCGUCGCGUUCUUGCCUAAUGAAGGAAGAAGGCCUCUUUACAAUUUGGCAGAUGAAGGAAGAAGGCCUACAAACUUUCCUCACCCGAUUCAACAUGGAGUCUUCGGGCAUACUAGAUUGCCAUCAAGACACAUCUAUAGAAGUUUUCAAGAUAGCCAUGGUACAAGGCUCAUGUUUUCAUUCUUCUCAGGUGAAGAAGACCCAACUAACAUGUUAGAGCUGAAUUCACGGGCACAAAACUAUAUCAGACUUGAAAAAAAUGAAGUAACUAGGCAGCAGAAAGCGACACUGGUCACAGUAGAGAAUCGACCGAAGGAGCGAUUGUGCACCUUGCAGGCCCAUCGGGAACCCCCGAUUAUUGAGGGACGAGCCCCUAAAAAGAAAUCCCAAAUAGCCGAAAGGGUCACACUGCUCAAAGUAACACUGGCCCGACUGAGCUUGAGAAGACAGGUGGAGGUGUUAAUAGCCAAGGGUGAGUUAACCGAAUACUUGAUUACCCCGGGGCAGCAAAGGCAGCAAGAUCGAGCCCGGGCAAUUCCAAAGGCUGCGGUAGAGAGCCAUCUUGUCUGGGUAAUUAACACAAUUCAUAGCUGUCUAGAAAAAGACGAGCAAUCAGGAAAUUCCUAUAGGAUCCAGCUCAAACAAGCCCAUAAGCUACGAAGGAUUAGUGAAAUCAAUACCAUCGACUGUAAACCUAAUCCAACACAGGUUUCUUUUCAUAAAGGGGAUCUCAGAAGGGUGCAACACCCGCACGAAGACCUAUUAGUAGUUAGUCUACUAGUGGCCAACUGUCUGGUCAGACAAGUAUUGAUUGACCCCGGCAGUAGUGUUAAUAUCAUAACAAAGUGGACGUUCGAUCAGUUAAAAUUGGCUGCAGACUAG